AUGCAUAUGCCUCAACAUCGGACGGAUAUCGCAGUGGAUCUGGAUAUUUCGACAUUGACAGGCAGUCAUCUUCAAGCUUCGACGAAGAGCCCGCAAGUCCCACAAGGACAGACAGCCCUGUUUUACUAUCAAGCUCCUGCUGAGUUUCCGGUAGCUGGACACAGUCUGAAAGAGAACUGUGCGCUGCGUAAACGGUGA